AUGCUGGGUCUGUGCCUUUACGUUCCCGUGUCCAACUCGGACCCAGUGGAAGUGGAAUAUUUUGAAUCUAACGGACUACCGUCGGAGCUGAAGUCGCUGUUCAACAAACUCAGCGUGUUCCUGCCCUCCCAGGAGUUCUCUACCUACCAAAAGUGGAGAAAGAAAACUCUAAAAACUGAAGAAAAAGAUGCAGAUGGGCAGCUGGACUUUGAGGAGUUCGUUCACUACCUGCAGGACUACGAGAAAGACAUGAAGCUGGUGGUGAAGAGUCUCGACAGGAAGAACGCCGGCCACAUCGACGCCAAAGAGUUGAUGCAGUCGCUUCGUGACCUUGGCGUCCAUAUUUCCCUGCAGCAUGCAGAGACGGUCUUGAAGAGUAUGGAGAAGAAUGGGAUGAUAACGAUUGGCAGCAAAGACUGGAGUAAAUACCCAAUGGUGGAGAAAAUUGACAACAUUCCUGAGAUCAUCCUUUACUGGAAACACUCCACGAUAUUUGAUGUGGGUGAGAACUUGAUGGUGCCUGACGAGUUCACCAUGGAGGAGAAGCAGACUGGGAUGUGGUGGAGGCACCUGGUCGCAGGUGGAGGAGCCGGAGCCGUUUCCAGAACCUGCACCGCCCCGCUGGACCGUCUCAAAGUCAUGAUGCAGGUUUACGGAUCUCGAACCAACAACAUGUGCAUCAUGAGCGGGCUCAUGCAGAUGAUCAAGGAGGGCGGCACCAGGUCGCUGUGGCGGGGGAACGGGGUGAACGUCAUCAAAAUCGCUCCUGAAUCGGCCCUGAAGUUCAUGGCCUAUGAGCAGAUUAAGCGUCUAAUCGGCAGCGACAAGGAGACUCUGAGCAUCCUGGAGAGAUUUGUGGCAGGUUCUUUAGCCGGAGUAAUUGCCCAGAGCACCAUCUACCCCAUGGAGGUUCUGAAAACCCGUCUUGCUCUGAGGACAACCGGCCAGUAUUCCGGGAUCUCGGACUGCGCCAAGCAGAUUUUCAGGAAAGAAGGUCUCGGGGCGUUUUAUAAGGGUUACAUCCCAAACAUGCUGGGCAUCAUCCCGUACGCCGGCAUCGAUCUGGCCGUGUAUGAGACGCUGAAGAACAAUUACCUACAGCAGUACGGCGCCAACAGCACGGACCCCGGCGUUCUGGUUCUGCUGGCCUGCGGCACGGUGUCCAGCACCUGCGGUCAGCUCGCCAGCUACCCCUUGGCGCUGGUCCGAACCCGCAUGCAGGCACAAGCUGUGAUGGAGGGUAACCACCAGCAGGUGUCCAUGACGGGCGUCUUCAGGCAGAUCCUGCAGAAUGAAGGCCCCACCGGGCUGUACAGAGGCCUGGCCCCCAACUUCCUGAAGGUCAUCCCAGCUGUCAGCAUCAGCUACGUCGUCUACGAACACCUCAAGACUCAGCUGGGGGUGACGUCGCGCUGA